AUGCCACUUGGCUCCCAGACAUUCAAUACUGAGGUGGAAGAACGGACGCACGGCGAGACGAUCCCUUCGGCGUACUUGGCACAAAGAAUCGUCACUGACUUUGGCGAGAACCGCCAAAGAAGCAGGCGCCCCCGGCAAGUUUCAACGUGUUUCAAUGUCAUCACCACUCUCCAUCUCGUGGCCGAGGUGGGCGAGGCGUUGUGUACCAACAAGCUGGUUCGGAAAUUGAGCUUCACCGGCAGUACAAGAAUCGGAAAGCUUCUAACUCGACAAUGUAGUGAAAAUCUCACCAAGCCCUCUCUAGAGUUAGGCGGAAACCGCCCGUUCAUAGUGUUCGACGACACCGACGUGGACAAGGCCAAGGUCCGAAACGGUGGCCAGACGUGUGUGACCGCCAACAGGAUCUUGGUCCAAGCUGGGAUCCACGACAAGUUUGUAUCCGUGUUGAUUGAGAAGGUGAACGCCCUCAAGGUUGGCCCUGGUACUGAAGAAGGUGUAGACAUUGGGGCUCUCACGCACGAGCGAGCGGUUUAG